AUAACCCUCCGGUGUUUGUGUGCACGUCCCUGUUUUCUGUCAUUUUAAGCGCUCGCUCCUUUUCGUCUGCGUCUCUUCAGUCGUAGUCUGUAUCUGCUGCAAACUCAGAGAGACCAGCAGCACCACAACACAGCCACAACAGUGUGGAGUGGGCGUCAAAAUCCCCACGCCACUUAUGAAAAUGGACUGAGUUUUUGUCCGCCCUUUCGAGCCAAGGCUCUCUUGUUCACGGGGAGCUGAUAGAAGAUGACCCUUUUCUCUUCGCUUGAGGAGGCUUUGCUGCUGUGUGGGGGAGUGGGUUACAUCCUGUGGCGUUUCCUGUGUUUGUAAACUAGACGGUACAGAAAACGUCGGGCGAGUGAAGCAGAAAGGUAGUUUUAAUGCUUGAUGAGUGAGGUGGGUGUGGCUUCCCACCAGCCCGACCAUCCUGACUGACGGAUCUCUGGAUGACCUUGUCCCCACCCCUGCCCCUGCGCUCACAUAUACAACAGCAAUGUCACAUCUGCCCAGCAGCUCAGUCCGCGACCAUAUGAAAUGGGCGGGGCUGCUUGGCUGCGAAGCGGUCCUGUCCAGUAUGGCCCUGAUGCAGGCCAGCUCCAUGGCCGCUCCACCCAAAAAAAUGAUGGCUCCACUUGGCCAUGCACCACCGCAGAGAGAGGGACCUGACCGCGCUCCUCAGAGCCAUAUGAUCCUCCCAUCUGGAAUGAGCUGUCCACCCCUGCUUAUCCGGAAGGAAGGUGAAUUCCAAGCUCCCCGCCUGCUGGAUGAGAAAGAGAUGAGGGCCAACGAGGACAUGCAGCAGAAAAAAAAGAACAGGAAAUCAGUAACGCCCUGUAAAGUGAGAGAACAAGAAGGAAGGGGAGGGAAGGGCGCAGGUGGCGAUGAGAAUGGUCCAUCAUCCAAAGUGCAGAAAAACUUUAUUUGUGAUCACUGUUAUGGAGCGUUUAGGAGUGGAUACCACCUCAAAAGACACAUCCUCAUUCAUACAGGGGAGAAGCCGUAUGCUUGUGCCGUAUGUGACAUGAGGUUUAUUCAGCGUUACCACCUGGAGAGACACAGCCUCAUUCACACGGGGGUGAAGCCGUACGCUUGUUCCAUGUGUGACAUGAGAUUUUUCCAGCGUUACCACCUGGAGAGACACAGACUCACUCAUACGGGGGUGAAGCCGUACGCUUGCUCCAUGUGUGACAUGAGGUUCUUCCAACGUUAUCAUCUGGCAAGACACAGCCUCACUCAUACUGGGGUGAAGCCAUACGCUUGCUCCAUGUGUGAUAUGAGAUUUUUCCAACGCUACCACUUGGCAAGACACAGCCUCACUCACACGGGGGUGAAGCCAUAUGCUUGCUCUAUGUGUGACAUGAGAUUUUUCCAGAGAUACCACCUGGCAAGACACACUCUCACCCAUACGGGGGUGAAGCCAUACGCUUGCUCCAUGUGUGACAUGAGGUUCUUCCAGCGUUACCAUUUGGCAAGACACAGCCUCACUCAUACUGGAGUGAAGCCAUAUGCUUGCACCAUGUGUGACAUGAGGUUUAUACAACGUUACCAACUGGAGAGACACAGUCUCACUCAUACAGGGGUGAAGCCGUACGCUUGCACCAUGUGUGACAAGAGGUUUUUUCAGCGCUACCACCUGGCGAGACACAGCCUCACUCAUAUGGGUGUGAAACCUUACGCUUGUACCAUGUGUGACAUGAAGUUUUUUCAGCGUUACCACCUGGCGAGACACAGCCUCACUCAUACGGGUGUGAAACCUUAUGCUUGCACCAUGUGUGACAAGAGGUUUUUUCAGCGCUACCACCUGGCGAGACACAGCCUCACUCAUAUGGGUGUGAAACCUUACGCUUGUACCAUGUGUGACAUGAAGUUUUUUCAACGUUACCACCUGGCAAGACACAGCCUCACACAUACGGGUGUGAAACCUUAUGCUUGCACCAUGUGUGACAAGAGGUUUUUUCAGCGCUACCACCUGGCGAGACACAGCCUCACUCAUAUGGGUGUGAAACCUUUUGCUUGUACCAUGUGUGACAUGAGGUUUGUUCAGCGUUACCACCUGGCGAGACACAGCCUCACUCAUACGGGGGUGAAGCCGUAUGCUUGUUCCAUGUGUGACAUGAGGUUUAUUCAGCGUAACCACCUGGAGAGACACAGCCUCACUCAUACGGGAGAGAAGCCAUUUGCUUGUGACAUGUGUGAUAUGAGGUUUAUUCAGCGCUACCACCUUGAGAGACACAAGCGUGUCCAUAGUGGAGAGAAGCCUUACCAGUGUGAACGGUGCCAGCAGAACUUUUCGCGCACAGACCGACUGUUGCGACAUCGGCGGUUGUGCCAGGGGCGCGGCGUAGCCAAAGUAGAGAAUCAGCCCUGUUGCGAACCACGCCCAUAUCCCCAAGAACCCCCACCGGCACCACCAACCUGGAGCCCCCUGCAUCCACCUCCGGGUCGACUGGCGGUCUGACAUUCCAUCUUCCCUGGAUCCACAACACCUCCAGAGACGGGACAAGCCACAGGGUUUCUUCUCAGCUCUGUGCAGAGUGCCAUCACAUUCUAGCACAGACUGAUCUUGCAGCUCGAGUCUUGGGAUUAAUAACGACAGCGGGACAUUUGUGGGGUUUUUUUGUUGACUUUUUACUGUGUUUCUGUUUCUUCCCAUUUUUUAAGAUGAGACUUUUCUGUGAUAAACGGUGGUCCUGUUUUGUACUUAAUCUAUUUGAUUUUUGCAAAAAAAAAAAAGUUUAUUGUUCAAAAAAAAAAAAAUUUGCAUUUGGUGGUACUCGGACAGGAAACGGUUGACUGUGUGAUGAGGUGGUGAAGAAGAGUAUUUGAGCUUCUUUCUAAUUUUUUGUUGUUUAUUCUCUUUGGCCUGGAAAGGAUCAUAAAAGCAUUUCAGGUUAAAGUUAUUAAAGUUAUUAAAACUGAACUUUUCUUCCAGGUAAAGUGAGGAAACUAUGUUGGCAUUUCAUGUACAGACCGGAGUUUACUUGCCUUGUAUCGGACAGUGUUAAGCAUAAAGACAGGUCAUUGAAAGCAUCAUUAUUAUCAUUAUUAUUAUUAUUAUUAUUACUGUGUAAAUCUGAUGUGAUACAUAAAGUGUUUCCUGGCUUUUUCAGCUCGGAAGGUCCAGUUUUAAUGAUUAUUUUGUAAGAAAAACAAGGUGUUGACGUAAAUUGGAAUUUGGCUCAAAUGCAGUCUUUGGCCACCGUCACCAUUGUAUCCUGAGAAAACCCGAGUAACUUUGUGUGACAUAAAACAUCAAUAACUGUAAAACCAGGACUUCCAAGAAACGAAAGUGCGACCUGCAGUCGACGAGGUUCGCACUUAACGCGUGUCGGGUCACAGAGCGUCACGCAUUUCUCUCUGAUUUGAAGAGGCAGAACAGGACGGCAGACUUGGCGAGCCCUCCUUCAUGUGUACUGAGGGCAUGUGGUGGUGUUCAGCUGUAAAUAUACAGAACAUGUAUAGAGAUCUGCAGCACUAAAGCAGGACAUUUCCUCUGUUCGCUCAUGCUGCACAGAUCCUGGUGUAUAAUGAUGCAGGUUAGCCACUUUUGAAGUCCAGUGAUGUUUGUACAGAUCACUUUGUGAGAUUAGUGGGCGUAUACAAAAUCUUGUGGCCUUAGUAUGUUUCUGUUGUUUUCUUUUCUUUUCUCAUCUGCCUUUUUCUUGGCCGUUUAUUAUUGUGGAUCAGAUGUAUUUACUAGCCUUUCGUCAUCAUCAUCAUCAUAUUAUUAUUAUUAUUUUUAAUCCUUAAGCUGUCGUGGUUACUGAAUGUGGAUGGAUUCAGUGGCGCUGAACCAGACUAAUGUGCUCUUCUGUUGAGAAGUCAUGUUUAUGGUGAUAACUGAAUAUUUUGGGUCAUAGUUACUGGUGAUGGUGUAACACAGAAUAUAAUCCUAAAAAAAAAGGAGGCCCUUGCGCGUGGCGGUCCGUGUGAGAAGACAGUCGUGCUACGUUGUUUUCCACGCGGCGGUGCUUUGGCUGGUCGCAGGCCGCGGCAGGAUCAACACCUGCUUGACUCUGCCGCACACCUAACAACUGCUUUUUCAUCCAGACAUUACUAUACAGUUGGUGUGGAAUAAUGGUCACGUCUUUGGGUUUAGCCUUAAGUUGCGGAUACACAAAUAGUCAUUGUAGUACUAAAUGAUAGCGUUAUAAGCGAUUUCUUUUACCUUUUGAACUUUUGAAAGUACUCGGUACAGCAAGGAGUGGCCCCACGGGGCCCGCUUUGCUGCUUUUUAAUGACUUUCUCAAACACGCUCCUUUCUGUGACUGGUAAACUUGUGAUCACGUCGUCCUGUUGUUUAACCCAGAAAUGUCAGUGCAGACUGGGGCGAAUAAUCUGUUGGUAACUACGGUCUUAUUCGGAUAAAUAGUGAGUGGUCCAGAUGAUACUUGUGGAGAUGGGAGUCCCGCCACGCUUUCUAUGGUCUGAAUUGUAGGAUAAAGAGAUGUUUGUGUUCGAUACAGAGAAGUGGAAGACUGAGUCGAGUGAUGUUUUACCAAAAGUAUUAAUGAGAAGCUUUCUUUAAAUGGUCCAUUGAUUAUCAAAUCUGUGUGCACAAAGAUGGGAUUCUGUUAUCAGCGGCUUGGCCUUUUAAAGAGCAGAGGAGCCAAGUUUGAGAAAUGAAAUCCUCUGCUGUGGAAACACUAUUCCCAAUCUGUGGAAGGGACACUUCUGGUGUGAGCACAUACUGAAAACGGCAAAAGGGCAAUACAAUAUAUAGUAGACGUCACUUGUUAAUACGUUUUUGUCAUUCACUGUUUUUAGUAUUCUCAUUGUUAAAUGCAAUAGAAUCCUGUUGUAAGAUUGAGGUUUUAUUUUCUUCUUUUUACAGACAGAUCAAAGGAGGCUUUUGUUUUUCUGUUUUUUUUUUUUGUCUGCGAGUUUGUCAUCACAUUUUUGAUGAUUGUUUCAAGGACCUUUUUUAUUCUGAUGAAAUUGUAAACACUGGAGUGUAAGGAAAAAAAGACAAAAAAAGAGAUGGAUAUUUUUGUCCUUCAAUCUGUACUAGAUUUUAGGUUUUAGACAAAGCCUAUUUCUCCUCAACUUGACACGAAAGGCGGACAGAACAAUUUGGAUCAGUACAGUUGAGAGCCCAGUAUGUUCGGUGAUUUUUGACACUAGAGGCAGUAGUACUGCAAGAAAAUGUUUUCUUUCUUAUACAAAGUCCCUGGUAUUUGUAGUAAAUUAUAUUGACAAUGGUAUUAGAUGAACAACAGCAUAACAGUAGCUAUCACAGAUUAGUUGUUUUCUUUAUUAGUCUUGCAUGCAGAGUUAUGGUCCUCAGUUAAGAUAGGAUCUUGAUAUUGAUUAUUUUGUGUAGGAAAAUGAGUGCAUAAGAAUAACUUCCUAAAAAAAUGUUACAAUGAUUAAUGUAAAAUGGGCUAACUAAUAUGUACCCUUGUGAUCCAAUUAGUUUCAACUGUAUGAAAAUCAGAGGAGAGGCUUCUUACUAUUAUGCUGAAAUAAUAAAAAAAAAAGAAUUUGUAAAGGAA